AUGCGCCCUCAAAAGCCUAUUCCAGAUGUUACAACCGCUUAUUUGUUCUACUUCGACAUGUUUGUACGAGCAAAUAAUUUCACCGGACGAGAGCCAUCUUUCAUUUCUGACGUCCAACGGUUGACAAAAUCCUCUGCCGAUUUGGUCCCACACGCGAGCCGCUCGCUGUUCGAUGCUAUGCUCGCUCUCGGCGCCAUGCAAGCCCACUCUCUGGGUGCUAUGGCACACAACAACAACCUAGGAUUCGCCUUGCGGUCGUAUCAGCAGUCUCUUUUUGAACUGCGCAAUGCCGUCUCCAACUUUUCUCCGACGCGGAGAGACUCCAUAGCCUGGUCUACUUUCUUUCUCGGCUUAUUCGAGCUGCUGCAAGACGCCUCGGGUCAAAAGUGGCUUCAACACAUGGUCUUUGGCACGGCACAAGCCCUUGUUGCCAGCGGUCCUGCGGCAUACGACCUCUCGACCGAUUUGGAUGAGAUUCUCAAGUUGGUAGUACUAAGUUCUAAUUUGCGUGUUCGGACGGCCGACUUUACAGGCAAGGUCUUCCCAGCUCAGACAACGUCGGACGUCCAUCUGAGCGAGGGCCUGGAGUUGGCAACUGAGGGUUUCAGCUUGCGAGAAGCACUUGAUUCUUGGGAGUUUACCGCGUCGUUUCUUCCGGAAUCAACAGACGAGAGGCUGCUGUCAACCGCAUGUCACUCAGCCACCAGCAUCUAUCUGUCAGGGAAUUACGAUUAUGACCUGGCACACUGGCAGGGCUUGGGCGUUGCGGUGCCGAUAUUGAGUGCAAGUCGGAUUGAAGAGCACUUUGACGCCAUCGUUGCGACAGUCAAAGAGGCUUUGAAGGGGUCUAGUCUGUCGCCGUUGCUGUUCUUGUUUCCGCUGAGGGUUGCUGGGGCACGCGCGAAGCAGCGUCAGCAGCGAGAGGCUGUCAUUAGCCUGUUCCAAGUCAUUCGACGCAACUUUAUCGUAGCAGAUGCGAUGCUGGAAGAGCUGAGGGAAUUGUGGACUCGGACUAUUAGCUAA